AUGGACCCCUCGGCCACUCCCGGGGUCCUGCCCGGAGUCCCCACUGGCAGCAGGGAACCCUUCCACCUCCCUCCAGACUACGAGGAUGAGUUCCUCCACUACCUGUGGCGCGAUUAUCUCUACCCGAAGCAGUAUGAGUGGGUUCUCAUCGCGGCCUACGUGGCUGUGUUCCUCAUAGCCUUGGUGGGCAACACACUGGUCUGCCUGGCUGUGUGGCGGAACCACCACAUGAGGACAGUCACCAACUACUUCAUUGUCAACCUGUCGCUGGCAGAUGUGCUGGUGACUGCCAUCUGCCUGCCUGCCAGCCUGUUAGUGGACAUCACAGAAUCGUGGCUCUUUGGCCAUGCCUUGUGCAAGGUCAUUCCCUACCUACAGGCCGUGUCCGUGUCGGUGGCAGUGCUGACUCUCAGCUUCAUCGCCCUGGACCGCUGGUAUGCCAUCUGCCACCCGUUGAUGUUCAAGAGUACAGCUCGCCGGGCCCGUGGCUCCAUUCUGGGCAUCUGGGCUGUGUCGCUGGCUGUCAUGGUGCCCCAGGCUGCUGUCAUGGAGUGCAGCAGUGUGCUGCCCGAGCUAGCCAACCGCACCCGGCUCUUCUCUGUCUGUGAUGAACACUGGGCAGAUGAACUUUACCCCAAGAUCUACCACAGCUGCUUCUUCAUUGUCACCUACCUGGCCCCGCUGGGCCUCAUGGCGAUGGCCUACUUCCAGAUCUUCCGCAAGCUCUGGGGCCGCCAGAUCCCUGGAACCACAUCAGCCUUGGUGCGGAACUGGAAGCGGCCCUCAGAGCAACUGGAAGCUCAGCACCAGGGACUGUGCACAGAGCCCCAACCCCGGGCCCGAGCCUUCCUGGCUGAGGUGAAGCAGAUGCGAGCUCGGAGGAAGACAGCUAAGAUGCUAAUGGUGGUUCUGCUGGUCUUUGCACUCUGCUAUCUGCCCAUCAGUGUCCUCAAUGUCCUGAAGAGAGUGUUCGGGAUGUUCCGCCAAGCCAGCGACCGGGAAGCUGUCUAUGCCUGCUUUACCUUCUCCCACUGGCUGGUGUAUGCCAACAGUGCCGCCAACCCCAUCAUUUAUAACUUCCUCAGUGGCAAAUUUCGGGAGCAGUUUAAGGCCGCCUUCUCCUGCUGCCUGCCUGGGCUGGGUCCCCGCUCCUCUGCCAGACACAAGUCUGUGUCCUUGCAGAGCCGGUGUUCUGUCUCCAAAGUCUCUGAGCAUGUCGUGCUGACCAGCGUCACCACAGUGCUGUCCUAA